CAAAUGGUUUGUUUCUCUAUCUCGGUUUAAUCACAAAAAAGGCAGUGCUUAUCUUUUAGAAAAGUUUUACGGGAAACCCCCUGCAGAGUUUUAUAUUUAUGUUUUAGUCCCUGAAGAAACGCGUAUAGAUGGUGAAUGGGAGAGGAAGGAGAAAGAGACUGAGAAGAUGAGAGCGGGGUUGAGUACCAUCCAACAGACGCUGACGCCGGAGGCGUCGGCGGUGCUCACGGCGGCGAUGGCAGAGGCGGCGAGAAGAGGGCAUGGGCAGACGACGCCACUACAUGUGGCGGCGACGUUGUUGGCUUCGCCGGCGGGGACGUUGAGGCAAGCUUGUUUACGGUCGCAUCCGACGUCGUCGCAUCCUCUUCAGUGCAGGGCGCUCGAGCUUUGCUUCUCCGUCGCGCUUGACCGGCUGCCGACAUCGGCGGCGAUGUCGGGAGGAUCGAAUUCGGGGGAGGUGGCGGUGACGGAGCCACCGAUAUCGAAUGCUUUGAUGGCUGCGUUGAAGCGAGCUCAGGCGCAUCAACGGAGAGGGUGCCCGGAGAGCCAGCAGCAGCCGUUGCUUGCCGUGAAGGUUGAGCUUGAGCAGCUCAUCGUCUCUAUACUCGAUGAUCCCGGUGUAAGCCGCGUCAUGCGUGAGGCUAGCUUUUCAAGCCCUACCGUCAAAGCGGCGAUUGAGAACAGUAUCUCCUCUGCCGCCUCCGGUAGCGGCGCCGGCGUCGGCGCCGGCAUCAGCAUUCCUCACUCCUCUUCACCUUCUCUCGGUCUCGGCAUCGCCGCUCAUCGCCCACAACCGCCUAGGAAUCUAUAUAUGAAUCCCAAGCUCCACCAACCAUCGCCGAAUCACCCCAACCUUAUCGUCGGCGCCGGCGUUGGUGUCGGGAAGACCGACGAAGCGGCACGAGUCGUGGAUAUCCUAUCGAGGGGAAGCAAGAGGAAUCCGGUGCUUGUCGGUGAUAACUCGCCGGAGAUCGUGAUGAGGGAUGUGAUCCAAAAGAUGGAGCGUGGCGAGAUCCACGGAUUCGCCGACGCGAAGGUCAUCUCACUAGAAAAGCGAUUGAAGGCUGUUGACCGGACGGAGAUCGCUUCUAAGAUUCGAGAAUUGGGGGAUCUGAUAGAGACCCAGGUCGGCAAUCGCGUGGUCAUCGAUCUCGGUGACCUCAAAUGGCUUGUAGAUCCUUCGCCGCGGUUGUUGCCGAUCCAGCAGCAGCAGCAGAUGGUGGUUGAAGCCGGCCGUGCGGCGGUGACAGAGAUGGCGAAGAUCUUGAAGCGGUUUUCCGGCGACGGUGGUCGUGUUUAUCUUGUCGGCACCGCCACUUGCGCCACCUAUCUCCGAUGCCAGGUCCACCAUCCAACCAUGGAGAACGAUUGGGAUCUUCAAGCUCUCCCCAUUGCUUCCAGAUCCUCAAUCUCCGGAUUGCUCACCAGGAUUCCCAGUGGAUUCCCCGGUGAAUCUCAGCCUGCGGUCAAGGGUUUUCCGUCCUUCCUCGGCGACGGGUUGUUAAAGCAGCUGCCGCCAACGACGACGGCGACGACAACAACAACAGCGUCGAGUCUCUGCUCUCUUUGUAUGGAAAGCUACGAGCGCGAGCUAGCCAAGCUCGUCGCUAAGGAGUUCGAGAAGGCCUCCUCCGAUUCCAAGCCUCCAUUGCCGCAGUGGCUUCAAGCUGCGAGCAAUCAGCUUCCGGUCAAAGAGAAAGAAUUCAACUGGAAACAAAGCACGGAGGAGUUGCUGAAGAAAUGGCGCGAUACAUGCGCCCGUCUCCAUUCAACACUGCCUGCACGCCAAGCAUUCCAUCCCAAAUCACUGCCAGUGUCAGCCCAAACCAUUCCUCCGUUGAAACCAAGACUUGUGCUGACCCCGUCUGAGCGCCCCCUUGCCAGCCCUUCCGGCAGCCCGGUGAAGACUGAUCUUGUUCUCGGCCGGCUGAAGCCCGUCGUCGAGACACCACCAAAGCAACCUGACCUCUUCCGUAAUGCUCAUUCCGAUAUCGAUAGAUUCAAGAGGUUGUAUACUGGUCUUAUCGAGAAGGUUGGCUGGCAGCCGGAGGCUGUGUCUUUGGUGAUCGAUGCAGUGUUGCAAUCUAAGUCUGGUUGCCAGAGACUUCGUCCGGGGACCAAAAGUGAUACAUGGUUGAUGUUUGCUGGUCCUGACAGGGUUGGAAAGGCGAAAAUGGCUUUAGGUUUGUCUGAGCUAUUGUUUGGUACUGCUCCUGUAAUUGUCAACUUUGGUCAAUCCCAUGAAGAAGAUGGAGAGUCAGAUAUGAAUCUCCGGGGACGGAGAUCGGUGAACAGAAUCGUGGAUGCCAUCAGACAGAAUCCUUUCUCUAUGAUUGUGCUCGAGGAUGUUGAUCGAGCCGAUGUUGUGGUGAGGGGAACAAUCAAACGAGCCAUUGAGCAAGGUCGUUUCGCGAAUUCUUAUGGCCGAGAAGUUAGUUUAGGCAAUGUUAUCUUUGUUCUCACUGCCGAUUGGUUGCCCGAUGAUCUAAAAUGCGCGCAGAGUUCGUUGGUUCAACAUGAGGAGAAGAUACUUGAGGCAGCAAUUUCAGGCUGGCAAUUAGAGCUUUCUUUGGGAGAAAAGUCAGUGAAACGAAAAGCAGAUUGGUUACAUGAUGAUUAUGAUCGGCCAAUGAAACCAUCACGGAAAGAGCCUAGUCUGUGUCUGGACUUAAACUUGGCUGCCGGUGUCGAAGAUGAUCACACUGAUGUUUCGAGAAACUCUAGUGACCUGACUGUUGAACAUGAUCAUGAUAACACCAGGCUUAAAGUUCAGCAUUUGGAAUCAUCAGCUCCUGAGCUGAUUGAUUCCAUGGACAGCACAAUCAUCUUCAAACCGGUGGAUUUCAGUCCUUUACGACGAAAGGUCUCUGAUGCCAUAACCACAAAAUUCACGACAAUCAUCGGGAAUUCACUGGCAAUAUCGGUCGAUGAUGAUGUGCUUGACAGAAUGGUUGGAGGAGUUUGGCUCGGAGGAUCUACAACCAAGUUAGAUCAAUGGACAGAAAGAGUGUUGGUCCCCCGAAUCGAACACCUUAAGAGUAAUCUUAAAACAGGGCUUGGUAACAAGUCUCCGGUUAUCAUCGGUGAAGAACGGUAAACAUUUGCUAAAGAAUGGCAGUUUUGGUGGCGGUGGCAAUGUCGAUUUACUUCCGGCCACCGUGACGAUCACCAUGGACGGUUUGAGGACGAUAU